CACCAAGCGUACCGGGAGGAGGGAUCGGAAGCACGAAAUUCAGUCCUCCUAGAGAGGCGACUCCCAACUGGUCAUUCAAGUACGGCGACGGCCAUGUCGCGCAGUGUUUUAAGGUGCCCUCGAUCCCUAGCAGCGGGCUCCGCCGGUCUGAGGAAUGCCGUUCUCAGCACCGCCAGCGCUAGUACCACCGGGUCAAGGAUGAGAAGCGCCUCGGACAGCUUGCUACUUCGACCGCUUCGCAGCAAUCGGGAGUCCCGGCGGCAGCGAUGGACCGCGGCAAGCAACGGCGGCGCUCUGGCCCGGCCACGAACGCUUCAUCCAACGGGGUUUCCGAAUCGAAGAGCUUCGAGCGUCAUCGAUAGCGACAUCGAUGAGGAUGAUGAUUCGGUGGCGGCAGGGGCACGAGGCACGAAAGGAGCUCCAGCUGCCGCCGGCCCCGGCCCCGGCUCCGGCUGCGGAACAAGGUACGCGGAAGGACCUAGCACUAGGAUGAACCUGUUCACGGCCGUGAAUGCUGGGCUUCGCACGGCGAUGGAGACCGAUGAAACCGCGAUAGUGUUUGGAGAAGACGUGGCCUUCGGAGGCGUGUUCCGCUGCACGGGCGGCCUCAAGGAGCAGUUCGGGCCUGACCGCGUGUUCGACAGCACCCUCUGCGAACAGGGCAUCGCGGGGUUUGCGAUCGGAUACGCCUCGAUGGGCAAGACUGCUAUCGCCGAGAUUCAGUUCGCAGACUACAUUUUUCCGGCCUUUGAUCAGAUUGUAAACGAAGCUGCCAAGUUUCGGUACCGCUCGGGCAACCAGUUCAACUGCGGAGGGCUCACCAUCCGUGCCCCGUGCGGUGCCGUGGGCCACGGAGGGCACUACCACUCGCAAUCUCCUGAGAGCUAUUUCGCGCACACGCCGGGACUCAAGGUGGUUAUGCCCAGAAACGCGACGGAGGCGAAGGGCUUGCUGCUGGCCUCGGUGAGGGAGCCGGAUCCGGUAAUAUUCUUCGAGCCGAAGAUCCUCUACCGCACCAGCGUCGAGGACGUGCCUGACGGCGACUACGAGGUGCCACUAGGGGUGGCGGACGUGAUGAGGGAGGGGACCGACGUGACCUUGGUCGGAUGGGGGGCCCAGCUACGAGUGAUGUCCCAAGCGUGCGAAGACGCGGAGAAGGAGGGCAUCAGCUGCGAGCUAAUCGACCUCCGCACGAUUCUUCCGUGGGACUUCGACACGGUGAGCCGUUCGGUCAAGAAGACGGGGAGGCUAGUGGUAUCCCACGAGGCGCCAAGGACCGGGGGCUUUGCGGCCGAAGUUGCCGCGGAUAUGCAGGAGCGAUGUUUUCUACACCUGGAAGCACCGGUGCAACGGGUGUGCGGGUACGACACCCCCUUCCCCCUCGUGUUCGAGAAGUUCUAUGUGCCCGGCCGGUUCAAGGUCCUCGACGCUAUCCGUGACGCCGUGAACUACUAAGAAUGUAGAGGGCUGCAACAGGUGUAUUUGUUGUUGCUGGACUCUGGGAAGAUCAGCUUGUAAAUUUUAGGAUUUAGGUGAGGCUCUUGUGCUUGGAUCCCGCCCUCACGGGCGACACUGGUAGAGUCAUGAUAUGUAUGUCGUACAAAACGUACAUACAUGUAGUGAGUGUGGCCAUCAAAUGCGAUGCCACCGUCAUCGAGGAGAAUGUUUAGCAUGCCUGGGCUUGUACAACGUUUAUGGGGUUUCUACAUGAACGAGGGUAGUGCAAGCAUUUUAUGUGAUUCAAAAGUACGUCCGGUUUACACACUGUAAACAUCAAUGUCGGGCGUGGGCCAACGCAGCCCCCUGUGCAUCGCGAAGCAACAAAGUACCACCGUCGUGAAACGGCGGGGUCCUGUUACCGAUUGCAACGGUCGUGCCCACAUGCCAGUAAAGCAGAAGGAGAAUGAUGGGCAGCUGGGAAGUGCGCGCCAUGUGAAGCUUCUCUUGCAUGAAGGAAAUGUUUCAAGGCACAUGCAAGAUUUCGUGGGGCGGGUGGAUGUCGUGGUGUUACAAAGGAGGUGGCAGGUGGUAGUGUGUACGUAAACAAGUGUCGCCGUAACAACUGCCGCCGGCUGCUCAACUGCCGCAUCAAUCUCACGACCCCGU